AUGGCAGACGAAGAUGAGGUUGUGGAGAUAAUUACUGAGAUCACCGAGACCACAUACACCACUGGUUCUGCACCGUACACAGUAACAACAAGACAUACUUCGGAAACAAGAGGGCAUCCUUCAGAAACAAGAACGCAUACUUAUGAAACAACAUCAUCACGUACUUUUGAUAGCACAACACAACCUCCGGAAGCCACAGACCCUUCUCACAAGGCCUCCCAACCUGUCAGAAAAAAAGUUGUACGGAAAAAAGUGGACAGAUCUAAGUUUCGGACACCUUACUUGGAUCACAGCUCAAAAAUGCAAAAGCUCUUCAGCGAAAAAACGUACAAGGAAAAAUUUGAAAAAGACAAAGGAAAACUAUGUGGAAUAACAACAGAUACUCCCGAACUUCGAAGAAUCAAGAAAGUCCAGGACCAGCUCAGUGAGGUUAAGUAUCGCAUGGCUGGGGAGGCAGCUAGAACCGAUUGCCACGUUGACGAAAAAGCAAGAGACAUUGAGCAUGCAAAGAAAGUGUCUCAGCAAGUCAGCAAGGUUUUAUACAAACAGAACUGGGAAGAAAAUAAGGAAAAGUACUUCCUUCCUCCUGAUGCUCCUGAGCUUGUUCAUGCUAUUAAAAAUACAGCCUUAUUCAGUAAGAAACCUUACGUUGAAGAGUGGGAAGCAGAAAAGUCUCUCUUCUACCCCUAUGAUGACAGUCCUGAACUUAGGAGAGUUGCAAAGGCACAAAAGGCCCUCAGUGAUAUUGUUUAUAAAAAAGGACAUGUUGAGCAGAAAUCAAAGUUCACUUCUGUGUCUGACCCACUUGAUGUGGAGCUUGCCAAGAAAGUUACUCGACAGCUCAGUGACAAGAAGAAGAAGAAGAAGAAGAAGAAGAAGAAG